AUGUCGUCGGAGGAGGACAAGGGCGCGGAGCAGCCGCAGCCGCCGCCACAACCCCCCGAGGAGCCGGGAGCCCCGGCCCCGAGCCCCGCAGCCGCAGACAAAAGACCUCGGGGCCGGCCUCGCAAAGAUGGCGCUUCCCCUUUCCAGAGAGCCAGAAAGAAGCCUAGAAGUAGAGGAAAAACUACAGUGGAAGAUGAGGACAGCAUGGAUGGUCUGGAGACAACAGACACAGAAAAUAUUGUGGAAACAGCAGAAAUCAAAGAACAGUCUGCAGAAGAGGAUGCUGAGGCGGAGGCGGAUGGCAGCAAGCGGCUGGCCCCGGCCCUGCAACGCUCUGUGUCUGAAGAGUCUGCGAGCUCCCUGGUCUCAGUUGGUGUUGAAGCCAAAAUCAGUGAACAGCUCUGUGCUUUUUGUUACUGUGGUGAAAAAAGUUCCUUAGGACAAGGAGACCUAAGACAAUUUAGAGUAACGCCUGGAUUUAUCUUGCCGUGGAAAAACCAGCCUUGUAGCAAGAAGGACAUUGAUGACAACAGCAAUGGGACCUGUGAGAAAAUUCAGAACUCAGCACCACGAAAACAGAGAGGACAGAGAAAAGAACGGUCUCCUCAGCAGAAUACAGUAUCGUGUGUGAGUGUGAGCACGCAGACUGCUUCUGAUGACCAGGUUAUUCAAUUAUGGGAUGAGCUCAGUCUUGUCGGUCUUCCCGACGCCAUUGAUGUCCAAGCCUUAUUUGAUCCCACAGGCGCUUGUUGGGCUCAUCACCGCUGUGUGGAGUGGUCACUGGGAGUGUGCCAGAUGGAAGAACCGUUAUCAGUAAAUGUGGACAAAGCUGUUGUCUCAGGGAGCACAGAGCGAUGUGCAUUUUGUAAGCACCUUGGAGCCACUAUCAAAUGCUGUGAAGAGAAAUGUACACAGACAUACCAUUACCCUUGUGCUGUGGGGGCAGGCACCUUCCAGGAUGUCAGCCACUUCUUCCUUCUUUGUCCAGAGCACAUCGACCAAGCUCCUGAAAGAUCAAAGGAAGAUGCAAACUGUGCAGUGUGCGACAGCCCGGGAGACCUGUUAGAUCAGUUCUUUUGUACUACUUGUGGUCAGCACUAUCAUGGAAUGUGCCUGGAUAUAGCGGUUACUCCAUUAAAACGUGCAGGUUGGCAAUGUCCUGAGUGCAAAGUGUGCCAGAACUGCAAACAAUCGGGAGAAGAUAGCAAGAUGCUAGUGUGUGAUACGUGUGACAAAGGGUAUCAUACUUUUUGUCUUCAACCAGUUAUGAAAUCAGUACCAACCAAUGGCUGGAAAUGCAAAAAUUGCAGAAUAUGUGUAGAGUGUGGCACACGGUCUAGCUCUCAGUGGCACCACAAUUGUCUGGUGUGUGACAGUUGUUACCAGCAGCAGGACAACUUGUGUCCUUUCUGCGGGAAGUACUACAACCCAGAACUGCAGAAAGACAUGCUUCACUGUAAUAUGUGCAAAAGGUGGAUUCACUUAGAAUGUGACAAACCAACGGAUCAGGAACUGGAUUCUCAGCUCAAAGAAGAGUAUAUCUGCACAUAUUGCAAACACUUAGCAGCCGCUGAGAUGGAUGCGCUGCAGCCAGGUGCUGGUGUGGAGAUGGCCGACAUCACUGCAGAUUAUAACAAUGAAAUGGAAGUUGAAGGCUCUGAAGACCCUGUGGUGUUUCUAGAGCGAGCAGUUCAUAAAGAUGCCAGUGGUCAAGAGUCUACACCUGGGAUUGUUCCAGACGCAGUUCUGAUCCUUGCUGGAGAACAGAAGAGCAAUCUGCAAGAAGGUCUGGAUACACAUGAGCUUCUCUCUUCUGAAUCAUCUCAAGAUAAAAUGCAUCCUGAAUUGGAAAAUCGGGUUUCUCAUGCAGUAGACAAUGAAAAGGUAGAAAUGUCUUCUAAAGUGAUGCAUACUUGUGAUGAAGAUCAAAAUGAAAACAAAAUGGAUGUGAUGGGAAAUGUUGACAUCCUUGCACACCCGGCCACCGCACCAGAGGAGCUGCAGUUAGAGGAACCUAAAACGGUGGCAUCCGCUGAGGAGUCCAAGUCUCCACAUUCAAUCCUCGACUCCGUCACCGUUCCACCAGAAACUUUGGUGUCCCCCUGUAAGGAAAGUACUGUAUGCCCCAUGGAACUGCUAGCUGCAGAAAGAGUACAAGAAGAAACGGAAAACAAAGUUAGUUCUGAAUCUUCCACUGCCUUCAUGGACUUUGAAACGACUCCUGCAGUUGAGAGUUGUGAGAAGGAUGGUUUAUGCCAAGACAAAUCUAUAAAAUUUCUGUCUGAGACGGAGUUACCGUUUCCAUCGGCAGUGGACAUAAGCAAGGCCCAUGUGUCUUCCUCUCCACCUUGUUCCUCCGACUUGCCUUCCCACGACAUGCUGCCCAGUUACCCUUCAACGCUCAGUGCUUCUGUUGGAAAUAUCCUGCCAACCACUUACUUUUCAGUCACUCCAAAAAUUGGCAUGGGUAAACCAGCUAUUACCAAAAGAAAAUUUUCUCCUGGUAGACCUCGUUCUAAACAGGGGGCUUGGAGUACCCAUAAUACAGUGAGCCCACCUUCCUGGUCCCCAGACAUUUCAGAAGGUCGGGAAAUUUUUAAACCCAGGCAGCUUCCUGGCAGUGCCAUUUGGAGCAUCAAAGUGGGCCGUGGGUCGGGGUUCCCAGGAAAGCGGAGACCUCGCGGUGCAGGCCUGUCGGGCCGUGGCGGCAGAGGCAGAUCCAAAUUGAAAAGUGGAAUGGGGACAGUUGUGCUACCUGGGGUGUCUGCUGCUGAUAUUUCAUCGAAUAAGGAUGAAGAAGAAAACUCCAUGCACAAUACGGUUGUGCUGUUUUCUAGUAGUGACAAGUUCACUUUGCAUCAGGAUAUGUGCGUAGUUUGUGGCAGUUUUGGCCAAGGAGCAGAGGGAAGAUUACUGGCCUGUUCUCAGUGUGGGCAGUGCUACCAUCCAUACUGUGUCAGUAUUAAGAUCACUAAAGUGGUUCUCAGCAAAGGUUGGCGGUGCCUUGAGUGCACGGUGUGUGAGGCCUGCGGGAAGGCCACGGACCCAGGGAGACUCCUGCUGUGCGAUGACUGUGACAUCAGUUACCACACCUACUGCCUGGACCCUCCCUUGCAGACGGUGCCCAAAGGCGGCUGGAAGUGUAAAUGGUGUGUUUGGUGCCGACACUGUGGAGCCACGUCUGCGGGUCUGAGAUGUGAGUGGCAGAACAACUACACGCAGUGUGCCCCCUGUGCAAGCCUGUCUUCCUGCCCCAUCUGCUACCGAAACUACCGGGAGGAAGACCUCAUUCUGCAGUGCAGACAAUGUGAUAGAUGGAUGCAUGCAAUUUGUCAAAACUUAAAUACUGAAGAGGAAGUGGAAAAUGUGGCAGACACUGGUUUUGACUGUAGCAUGUGCAGACCCUAUAUGCUGACAUCAAAUGUGCCUUCCUCAGACUGCUGUGACUCCUCACUUGUAGCACAGAUCGUCACAAAAGUGAAGGAGCUAGAUCCACCCAAGACCUACACCCAGGAUGGUGUGUGCUUGACUGAAUCAGGGUUGACUCAGUUACAGAGUCUCAUAGCUACAGCUCCAAGAAGAAAGCGUUCAAAACCAAAGUUGAAAUUGAAGAUUAUAAAUCAGAACAGCGUGGCCGUCCUGCAGACGCCUCCAGACAUCCAGUCUGAGCAUUCACGGGAUGGAGAAUUGGACGAUAGUCGAGAAGGAGAACUUAUGGACUGUGAUGGAAAGUCAGAAUCUAGUCCUGAACGGGAAGCCAUGGAUGGUGAAGCCAAGAGUGUGGAAGGAACAGAGGGUGUCAGAAAGAGGAAGCGAAAACCAUACAGACCAGGUAUCGGUGGAUUUAUGGUACGGCAAAGAAGUCGCACCGGGCAAGGAAAAGCCAAAAGAUCUGUGAUCAGGAAAGAUUCCUCCGGCUCUAUUUCUGAGCAGUUACCGAGCAGAGAUGAAGGUUGGAGUGAGCAGUUACCAGAUACACUUGUUGAUGAAUCUGUUUCUGUUACUGAGAACACUGAAAAAAUAAAGAAGAGGUACCGGAAAAGGAAAAACAAGCUCGAGGAAACUUUCCCUGCCUAUUUACAAGAAGCUUUCUUUGGAAAAGAUCUUCUAGAUACAAGUAGACAAAACAAGCUAAAUUUAGAUAAUCUAACAGAAGACACCGCUCAGCUUUCAUGUAAAGCGAACGUGAACACACAUUUCUUGGAUCCUUCCUUAGACCCACUACUUAGUUCAUCCUCAACUCCAGCAAAACCUGGAACUCAUGGUACUGCUGAUGACACCUUAGCUGAUAUAUCCGAAGUCCUAAACACAGAGGAUGACAUUCUUGGAAUAAUUUCAGAUGACCUUGCAAAAUCAGUUGAUCAUUCAGCCGGAAUAGAUAUUGGCCCUGUCGCCGAUGACCCUUCCUCUGUGUCUCAGCCAAGUGUCAAUCAGAGUUCACGACCUUUAAGUGAGGAGCAGCUGGAUGGAAUCCUUAGUCCUGAACUAGACAAAAUGGUCACAGAUGGAGCAAUUCUUGGAAAGUUAUAUAAAAUUCCAGAGCUAGGAGGAAAGGAUGUUGAAGACUUGUUUACUGCUGUGCUCAGUCCUGUGACUCCUCAGCCAACUCCAUUACCACAGCCUCCCCCUCCCCCUGCACCACAGCUGAUACCCCUACACAAUCAAGAUGUUUUUUCACGGAUGCCACUCAUGAAUGGCCUUAUCGGGCCUGGUCCUCAUCUCCCACACAACUCUCUGCCUCCUGGAAGUGGACUGGGAGCGUUCUCUGCCAUAGCACAAUCCCCGUACACCGAGGCCAGGGAUAAGAACCCAGCAUUUAAUCCAAUGGCCAGUGACGCUCACAGCUCUUGGGCCUCCUCGGCUCCCCCUGUGGAAGGGGAGAGCGAUACGAUGUCCAAUGCGCAGAGAAGCACACUCAAGUGGGAGAAGGAGGAGGCUCUGGGGGAGAUGGCCACCGUUGCACCCGUUCUCUACACAAACAUUAACUUCCCCAACCUGAAGGACGAGUUCCCUGACUGGACUACCAGAGUGAAGCAGAUUGCUAAGCUGUGGAGAAAAGCAAGCUCCCAGGAAAGAGCACCAUACGUGCAAAAAGCUAGAGACAACCGAGCUGCAUUGCGCAUCAAUAAAGUGCAGAUGUCAAAUGAUUCCCUGAAGAGGCAGCAGCAGCCAGACUGCAGCGACCCCAGCUCUCGGCUUGACUCAGAUCUCUUUAAAGAUCCGUUAAAGCAGAGAGAAUCGGAACAUGAACAGGAAUGGAAAUUUAGACAGCAAAUGCGCCAGAAGAGUAAGCAGCAGGCGAAGAUUGAGGCCACCCAGAAGCUGGAGCAGGUGAAGAGCGAGCAGCAGCAGCAGCAGCAGCAGCAACAGCAGCAGUUUGGUUCCCAGCCUCUGCUGGCAUUGUCGCGCUCGGACACGCCGAGCAGUGGGAUACAGAGCCCCCUGACCACCCAGCCAGGCCCUGGAAACAUGUCUCCUGCACAAUCAUUCCAUAAAGACCUGUUUACAAAGCAGCUCCCCAGCACCCCAACUUCCUCAUCUGCAGACGAUGUGUUUGUAAAGCCACAGGCUCCUCCUCCUCCUCCCCCCACGCCCUCCCGGGUUCCCCUCCAGGAGAGCCCUUCCCAUCCUCAGACUUCCCAGCCGCCUUCCCCGCAGGUGUUCUCACCUGGAUCGUCCAACUCCCAACCACCGUCUCCAGUGGAUCCUUAUGCGAAAAUGGUUGGUACCCCAAGACCGCCUCCUGGGGGCCACAGCUUUCCCAGAAGGAAUUCUGCACUGGUGGAAAGCUGUGUAUCUGUAUCGGCAUCGAGGCCCCCUCAACUGGGUGAGGGUGCAGCAAAUAGGCCAUCUCCCGUCCGAGAUUUCUGCUCUUCCUCCACGACAAGUAGUGACCCCUACGCGAAGCCUCCAGACACACCCAGGCCUGUGACAACAGACCAGUUUCUCAAACCCUUUGGCCUGCCCCAGGCUCCUGCAGUUCCAGAACAAACUGCGAAAGGUCCUCUAGCAGCUGGAACCAAUGAUCACUUCAUGAAACCAUCUCCCAGGGCAGAUGUGUUUCAAAGACAGCGGAUCCCUGACCUAUAUGCACGACCCUUGUUGACGCCUGCACCCCUGGAUAGUGGUCCUGGACCUUUUAAGGCUCCCUUGCAGCUGCCUCCGCCCUCCCAGGACCCUUAUGGGCCAGUGCCACAUCCACCAAGGCGGCUAUCCGUCGACCCUUAUGAAAGGCCUGCCUUGACACCAAGACCUGCAGAUAACUUUUCUCAUAACCAGUCGAGUGAUCCAUAUAGCCAGCCUCCCCUCACCCCCCGUCCUGCAAUGAACGAGUCUUUCACCCACCCCUCAAGGGCUUUUCCCCAGCCUGGAACCAUAUCAAGGCCAACAUCUCAGGAUCCAUAUUCCCAACCCUCAGGACCAUCUCCCUCCAAUCCAGACCCUUACUCGCAGCCUCCUGGAACUCCUCGGCCCCCAACGAUUGAUCCAUAUAGUCAGCAGCCACCAACCCCAAGACCUCCUACACAAGCAGACUUGUUUGCUACAUCUGCAGCUCCUCAGAGGCACUCUGACCCAUAUGCUCAUGCUCCGGGAACACCAAGACCUGGUGUCUCUGUUUUUUACUCGCAGCCACCAGCAGCACCAAGACCAAGGGUUUUAGAGGGUUUUGCUCGGUCCUCAGUGACAAGACCUGUCCUCAUGCCAAGUCAGGAUUCAUUUCUGCAGGCAGCACAGAAUCGAGGUAGCGCCUUACCUGGCCCUGUGGUGAGGACACCCGAAGCUUGUUCUCAAACCCCUGUGCCGCCGGGACCUGCCCUUGCAGAUACAUUCAGCCGUGUCUCCCCCUCUGCUGCUCGGGAUCCCUACGACCAGCCCCCAAUGACCCCAAGGCCCCAGGCAGAUGCUUUUGGAGCAAGUCAAAUGGCUCCUGAUGCUGCUGAUCAGCCCCGGCCUGGGUCCGAGGGGAACUUCAGUGCUCCUGCCAACACCCCUGUGAAUUCUCAAGGCCAGCAGUUCUCCAGUGUCUCCCAACUUCCUGGCCCGGUACCCACCUCAGGAGUCACUGACACACACAACACCAUCAACAUGUCCCAAGCGGAUACAGAGAAAUUGAGACAGCGGCAGAAGUUACGUGAAAUCAUUCUGCAACAGCAACAGCAGAAGAAGAUGGCAGGUCGGCAGGAGAAAGGUUCCCAGGAUGCAGCCUCUGUGCCUCAUCCCAGUCCCCUGCAGCACUGGCAGCCUGAGGGUACCAGCCAGGCUUUCUCCAGGCCCCCGCCCCCCUAUCCUGGGAGCAUCAGGCCUCCUGCUGUCCCUCCGCUGGGACCCAGAUACGCUGUCUUCCCAAAGGACCCACGUGGACCCUAUCCUCCUGAAGUGACUGGCAUGGGUAUGAGACCUCAUGGAUUUAGAUUUGGAUUUCCAGGAGGUAGUCAUGGUACCCUGUCAAGUCAGGAACGCUUCCUUGUGCCUCCUCAGCAAAUACAAGGACCUGGGAUUCCUCCGCAGCUGAGAAGAUCGAUGUCUGUAGAUAUGUCCCGGCCUUUAAAUAACCCGCCAAUGAGUAGUCCGGUUGGUCUUCCUCAGCAUUUCCCACCGCCAGGCCUGCCCGCCCCCCAGCAUCACAUACUCGGCCAGGCAUUCAUCGAGCUUCGGCACAGGGCCCCGGAUGGACGGCCACGGCUGCCCUUCAGUGCUCCUGGCAACAACAUUCUAGAGGCACCUUCUCAUCCACGACACGGGAACUUUACUCCCCGGCCGGACUUCCCAGGCCCUAGACACACAGACCCCAUGAAACAACCUAAUCAGCUGCCCGUGCAUCCGAGUUUGGAGCAGGUGCCACCUUCUCAGCCGGGGCAAGGUCACCCUGUCCAUUCUUCUCUGGUCAUGAGGUCCAUGAGUCACCCCUUCGGCGGGGAGUUCUCAGAGGCCUCUUUGUCGGCAUCCACACCAGUUGAAGCGACGUCUGGUAAUUUACAGGUAACGGCCCAGUCUUCUGAUGGUCUUGAAGAAAAACUUGAUUCUGAUGAUCCAUCUGUAAAAGAGCUAGAUGUUAAAGAUCUUGAGGGGGUUGAGGUCAAAGACUUGGAUGAUGAAGAUCUUGAAAAUUUAAAUCUAGAUACAGAAGAUGGCAAAGGAGAUGAAUUGGAUACUUUAGGUAAUUUGGAAACUAAUGAUCCCAACUUGGAUGACCUCUUAAGGUCAGGAGAAUUUGAUAUCAUUGCAUAUACAGAUCCAGAACUUGACCUAGGAGAUAAGAAAAGCGUGUUUAACGCAGAACUAGACCUUAAUGUCCCAAUUGAUGACAAGUUAGAUAAUCAGUGUGUAUCUAUUGAACCAAAAAAAAAGGAGCAAGAUAAAACUGUGGUUCCUUCCGAUAAACAUUCCCCUUGGAAAAAAUCCACUGUAACCAGUGAGAUAAAAACAGAAGUACUGUCUCCAAAUGCUAAAGGGGAAAUCAAAUGUGAAAGUGAAAAAAGCGAUGAGGGUAAAGGCCGCGCUGACGCUCCCUGCUCCCAGGCUGCCGCUCACACGGACUUGCCUGGUGGGGAGGAGGCCCCGCCGCAGCCCUGUGAGGCCGACCUGCCUGACAACAGGGCGCUUCGCGAUACCGCCGCCUCCUGCACGGCCGCCGCUCACGGACCCACUCAGCUGCCUGCUGAAGACACAGCCAGCUCUUGUGGCGUAGCUGGGUCAACUCCGGUUCUUUCCAGUUUACUUGCUAAUGAGAAGUCGGACACUCCAGACAUGGAGCCGUUGGGGUCUUCACCACCAACGUUGCCAGCCUCAGCAUCCAGUCACAUGCCAAGUUUGCCCCCUCCACUGAUGACACCGCCUGGCCACGUUUUGGAUAAUGCCAUGAAUUCUAAUGUAACAGUAGUCUCUAGGGUAAACCACGCUUUUCCUCAGAGUGUGCAGGUAAAUCCGGGAUUCCUUCAGGGUCAGUCGGCAGUUAAUCAUGGUUUUGGGGCAGGAAAACCUACAGAUCAAACUGUGCCCCUAUCCAGUCAGUCUGGACCCCCGCCACUGGUGGUUCCUCCGACCCUCACCCCGCAGAGCAGAGAGAGACCCCUCCUCCUGGACGAACAGCCUCUGCUGCUGCAGGACCUUCUGGACCAGGAGAGGCAGGAGCAGCAGCAGCAGAGACAGAUGCAGGCCAUGAUCCGGCAGCGGUCGGAACCCUUCUUUCCCAACAUCGAUUUUGAUGCAAUUACGGAUCCUAUAAUGAAAGCAAAGAUGGUGGCCCUAAAAGGCAUCAAUAAAGUAAUGGCACAAAACAACAUGGGCAUGCCACCGAUGGUCCUGAACAGGUUCCCCUUUAUGGGCCAGUCGGUGACUGGAGCGCAAACAGGUGAUGGCCAGACUCUCCUGCCACAGGCCAUUCCUCAGGAUGGCAGUAUAACACAUCAGCUUUCUAGGCCUAAUCCUCCAAAUUUUGGUCCAGGCUUUGUCAAUGACUCCCAGCGGAAGCAGUACGAAGAGUGGCUUCAGGAGACCCAGCAGCUGCUCCAAAUGCAGCAGAAGUACCUGGAAGAACAGAUCGGAGCGCACAGGAAAUCCAAGAAGGCCCUCUCGGCCAAGCAGCGCACCGCCAAGAAGGCCGGGCGGGAGUUCCCCGAAGAGGAUGCGGAGCAGCUCAAGCACGUGACUGAGCAGCAGAGCAUGGUUCAGAAGCAGCUGGAGCAGAUCCGGAAGCAGCAGAAGGAGCACGCGGAGCUGAUGGAGGAUUACCGGAUCAAGCAGCAGCAGCAGCAGCAGCAGCAUGCACUGGCCCCGCCCGCUGUCAUGCCCAGGGUGCCGCCCCUCAUUCCAGGAGCUGCCCCACCCGCCAUGGGCCAGCCCACCUUCCCCCUGGUGGCCCAGCCACUGCAGCACUCAGCAGUCAUUCCUGGCCACACCAGCCCUGCACGGAUGCCCAGCUUACCCGGAUGGCAGCCUCCCGGCACCCCUGCUCACCUCCCCCUUAAUCCUCCCCGAGUCCAGCCUCCAGUUGCCCAAUUACCGAUGAAAACUUGCACAUCAGCCCCGGGGACAGUGCCCAAUGCAAAUCCACAGAGCGGCCCGCCUCCACGGGUGGAGUUCGAUGACAACAACCCCUUUAGUGAAAGUUUUCAAGAACGGGAACGGAAGGAGCGUCUCCGGGAGCAGCAGGAGAGGCAGCGAAUCCAGCUCAUGCAGGAGGUGGACCGCCAGAGGGCCCUGCAGCAGAGGAUGGAGCUCGAGCAGCAUGGCCUGCCGGGCCCGGAAUUGAGCGCAAGGACAGCCAUGCCACAGGCCCCGUUCUACGGCCCUGACCUGCCUUGUGACUUCCUGCAGCCCCCACGGCCCCUUCAGCAGUCUCCGCAGCAGCAGCAGCAGCAGGUGGGCCAGGUUUUGCAGCAGCAGAGCAUGCCCCAAGGGUCUGUGAAUUCGCCCCCCACCCCAACUUUCAUGCAGACCAACGAGCGAAGACAGAUAGGACCCCCCUCGUUGGUCCCUGACUCGCUGUCAAUUCCUGGCGGGAGCCCAACCUUCCACCCCGGUAAGCAGGCGCACAGCAGUCUCCCCGGGGCCGGCUUCCAGCAGUCCCCCGUGAGGGCUCCUUUCACACCUGCCCUGCCCACAGCAUCGCCGGGAGCCAACAGCAGUCUCCCCUGUGGCCAAGACCCUGCCUUAACCCACGGACAAGGUUACCCCGGAUCGGCCCAGUCUCUCAUUCAGCUGUAUUCUGAUAUCAUCCCAGAGGAGAAGGGGAAGAAGAAAAGAACAAGGAAAAAGAAGAAAGAUGACGACGUGGAAUCCACCCAGGCACCGUCCACUCCACACUCGGACAUAACUGCUCCGCCGACCCCGAGUGUCCCUGAAUCUACCUCCACACCCACAGCCCCCACGCCCAGCGAGCUUCCUCUGAAAGGAGAGCCCGAGCCAGCGGAGGCAGCUGCCUCGUCGGCUCCGAGCGUGGCUGCAGGCCAGGCGUGUGCAGGCCCGGAAACCAGCUCGUCCCCCGAGGAGUCCUCCCAGGGAGCCCCAGGUCAGCGGACGCCCGCCCCUGCAGCGGCGGACACGCGGCCUGCGAGUGCUCCUGCCGUGGCUGAAGAGGCCACGCCGGAGCUGGCCGAGCCCCAGCAACGCCCGGGCCCGGAGGGGCCUCCCGCAGAGGGACCGGCGGGGGGUCAGGCCGCAGAGACCGUGGCCUGUGCCACCUCCGCAGGGCAGAGCCCGCCCCCUGCUGCCAAAGGCGACGUGGGCAACGAGCUUUUGAAGCACCUGCUGAAAAACAAGAAGGCCGCCGCCCUCGGAGCCCCGAAACCUGAAGGCACCGGCUGCCCGCAAGACGACAGCGCGAAGGCCAGCAGACCGGCCGAGAGGCCGAAGCCCGCCGCGGCACCGCAAACUCUGGGAGCUCACACGCAAGGUAGUUUUGGAUGUGGCAACAACCAGCUGCCAAAAGUAGAUGGAGGAGGUGAAACCAAGAAACCACGAGGCAAACGGACCCAGAGGACAGGGGAGAAGGCAGCUCCUCGCUCAAAGAAAAGGAGAAAGGACGAGGAGGAGAAGCAAGCUGUGUAUUCUUCCAGAGACACCUUUACCCACCUGAAACAGCAGCUCUCUCUGCUCCCUCUAAUGGAACCAAUCAUUGGAGUGAACUUUGCGCACUUUCUUCCUUAUGGCAGUGGCCAAUUUAAUAGUGGGAAUCGACUUCUAGGAACUUUUGGCAGUGCUACCCUUGACGGGGUUUCGGAUUACUAUUCUCAGUUGAUCUACAAGCAGAAUAAUUUAAGUAAUCCUCCAACACCCCCUGCCUCUCUUCCUCCUACACCACCUCCUAUGGCCUGUCAGAAGAUGGCAAAUGGCUUUGCGACAACAGAAGAGCUUGCUGGAAAAGCAGGAGUGUUAGUGAGCCACGAAGUUACCAAAAGCCUCGGACCUAAACCGUUCCACCUGCCAUUCCGAGCCCAGGACGACUUGCUGGCCAGAGCCAUUGCUCAGGGCCCCAAGACCGUCGAUGUGCCAGCGUCCCUGCCCACACCACCUCACAAUAACCAGGAGGAGUUAAGGAUGCAGGACCACGGUGUUGAUCGGGACACUCCUGACAGCUUUGUCCCCUCAUCCUCUCCUGAGAGUGUGGUGGGGAUGGAAGUGAGCAGAUUCCCUGAUUUGUCCCUGGUCAAAGAGGAGCCCCCCGAGCCUGUGCCAUCCCCCAUCAUUCCGAUUCUCCCCAGCAGUGCUGGGAAAGGUCCUGAGUCUAGACGGAAUGACAUUAAAACUGAGCCAGGCAUGUUCUUGUUCUCACCACCUUUCGGUUCUUCCCCAAACGGCCCCAGGUCGGGUCUGAUCUCUGUGGCCAUCACUCUGCAUCCAGCAGCUGCUGAGAACAUCAGCAGCGUCAUGGCUGCAUUUUCCAACCUUCUUCACGUCCGAAUUCCUAACAGCUAUGAGGUUAGUAACGCUCCAGACGGUCCCUCCGUGGGUUUGAUCAAUAGCCACAGAGUAAACCCAGGUUUGGAGUAUCGACAGCAUUUAUUUCUUCGUGGGCCUCCACCAGGAUCUGCGCACCCUCCCAGAUUAGCAAGCUCUUACCGGCUGAAGCCACCCCACGUACCAUUUCCACCAACAAGCAAUGGUCUUUCUGGCUACAGGGAAGCUGCUCACGGAGUCCCGGAGAGCGAUGCACUCAGACCACGGUGGUGCUGUCACUGCAAAGUGGUGGUUCUCGGAGGCGGGGUGCGCAAGUCUCUCAGAGACCUGGCCUUCGUGAGCAAGGAUUCCUGCGAAAGCUCCAGUAGAGUGGAGAAGGACAUUGUCUUUUGUAGUAAUAACUGCUUCAUUCUUUACUCAUCGACUGUACAAGCAAAACUCUCAGAAAGCAAGGAGUCCAUCCCUUCAUUGCCCCAGUCACCGAUAAAGGACACGCCUUCCCGGGCAUUCCACCAGUACAGCAACAACAUCUCCACCCUGGACGUGCACUGCCUCCCGCAGCUCCAGGAGAACGCUUCUCCCCCAGCCUCGUCGCCCAUCGCCUUCCCUCCCGCUUUUGAAGCAGCCAAAGUGGAGGCAAAGCCAGAUGAGCUGAAGGUCACAGUCAAGUUAAAGCCUCGGCUGCGAGCUGCCCCCGGGGGGUUCGAAGACUGCAGGCCCGCGACUAAGAAGUGGCGGGGAAUGAAGUGGAAGAAGUGGAGCAUUCACAUCGUCAUCCCCAAAGGCACGUUCCCCCCGCCCUGCGAGGACGAGAUCGACGAGUUCCUCAAGAAGCUGGGCACGUCCCUGAGGCCCGAGCCGGCGCCCCGGGACCACCGCAAGUGCUGCUUCUGCCACGAGGAAGGGGACGGCGUGACGGAUGGGCCGGCCAGGCUGCUCAACCUCGACUUGGACCUGUGGGUCCACUUGAAUUGUGCUCUGUGGUCCACGGAGGUCUAUGAGACCCAGGCGGGUGCCUUAAUCAACGUGGAACUGGCCCUGCGGAGAGGCCUGCACAUGAAAUGUGUCUUCUGUCACAAAAUGGGUGCCACCAGCGGGUGCCACAGGCUGCGGUGCACCAACGUUUAUCACUUCACCUGCGCCAUGAAAGCACAAUGCAUGUUCUUCAAGGAUAAGACGAUGCUUUGUCCCAUGCACAAGCCCAAGGGAAUUCAUGAGCAGGAGUUAAGCUACUUCGCGGUCUUCCGGAGGGUGUACGUGCAGCGGGACGAGGUGCGGCAGAUCGCCAGCAUCGUGCAGCGCGGCGAGCGCGACCACACCUUCCGCGUGGGCAGCCUCAUCUUCCACACCAUCGGCCAGCUGCUCCCGCAGCAGAUGCAGGCCUUCCACUCGCCCAAGGCGCUCUUCCCCGUCGGCUACGAGGCCAGCCGGCUGUACUGGAGCACACGCUACGCCAACAGGCGCUGCCGCUAUCUGUGCUCCAUCGAGGAGAAAGAUGGGCGCCCCGUGUUCGUCAUCAGGAUUGUGGAGCAGGGCCACGAAGACCUCGUCCUGAGCGACAGCUCCCCCAAAGGUGUUUGGGAUAAGAUUUUGGAGCCCGUGGCCUGUGUGAGGAAACAGUCUGAAAUGCUGCAGCUUUUCCCAGCGUAUCUGAAAGGGGAGGACCUGUUCGGCCUGACUGUGUCUGCGGUGGCUCGGAUCGCGGAAUCACUCCCUGGGGUUGAAGCAUGUGAAAACUACACCUUUCGAUAUGGCCGAAAUCCCCUCAUGGAGCUUCCUCUUGCCGUUAACCCCACAGGUUGUGCCCGCUCUGAGCCUAAAAUGAGUGCCCAUGUCAAGAGGUUUGUGUUAAGGCCUCACACCUUGAACAGCACCAGCACCUCCAAGUCCUUCCAGAGCACAGUCACCGGGGAGCUGAACGCCCCGUACAGCAAGCAGUUCGUCCACUCCAAGUCGUCGCAGUACCGGAGGAUGAAGACCGAGUGGAAGUCCAACGUGUACCUCGCCCGGUCUCGGAUCCAGGGGCUGGGCCUGUAUGCUGCUAGAGACAUCGAGAAGCACACCAUGGUCAUUGAGUACAUCGGGACCAUCAUCCGAAAUGAAGUAGCGAACAGGAAAGAGAAGCUGUAUGAGUCCCAGAACCGCGGCGUGUACAUGUUCCGCAUGGAUAAUGACCACGUGAUCGACGCCACACUCACGGGAGGGCCUGCAAGAUACAUCAACCAUUCGUGUGCACCUAACUGUGUGGCCGAGGUGGUGACUUUUGAGAGAGGACACAAAAUCAUCAUCAGCUCCAGCCGGAGGAUCCAGAAAGGAGAAGAGCUGUGCUAUGACUACAAGUUUGACUUCGAGGACGACCAGCACAAGAUCCCCUGCCACUGCGGAGCCGUGAGCUGCCGCAAGUGGAUGAACUGA